UUCCUCAUAACCUUUGGUCUAGGCUGAAGAAUCCUGCCUGCAGCUUCCUGCUUCAACUUAGCAACCCUUCCCCCAGCUUUCAACCAUGAGGUUUCUUCCAGUCCUGCUUCUCAUGACUAUCAUGGCCCAGCCACUCACCCAUGCCCUAGAAUGCUAUGUCUGUGAAAGCAAAGAGUACAACUGCUUCAAGCCCAUGAGGUGCCCCAAUUAUGUCAACUACUGUAUGACCACCCGAACCUAUAUCACUCCAACGAGGGUAACAGUCAGCAAGUCUUGCGUCCCCACCUGCUUCGAGACCCUAUACGAUGGCUACACCAAGAAUGCUGCCACCACGUCCUGCUGCCAGUACGACUACUGCAAUGGGGCUAGCCUUGGGGCCCAGGCCUCCUCAGCUCUGGCCCUCACCACAAUCCUCAGCACGCUCUGGGGGCUGCACCCCCCCAGCCUCUGACCCAGGCUAACUGGACCCCUUCUUUCCCACCCCACCCCAAAGCCCCAGAUCAACUUGGCUCUGUGAGAGAUGAGGAGAACACGGCGACUUCAUAACUGUCCCUGGCCCCUCCCCCCCACAUCGAGCCCCCCCACUCCCCCAUGGCCUCUUCCUAGGACCACCUCAUCUGCCACCAGACCCAGCACUUCCAGGGUGUCAGCCCCUCCUCACGUGCUUUUUGUUCCAGUUAGAUCCUCCCAUUGCUGUAACUGGCCUGGGAAUCCUUCCCACACCACCAGGCAUGGGAGUGGUCCUCUUUUCUAGCUAAUCCAUAGGCUUCUUCUCUCUACCCGUCACUGGAGUCAGAGGAAUGAAUCUCUUUGGAGCCCAAAGUUGGGGGGGCGGGGAGGGGAAGAGGCUCUUGGAUUCUUGGAUUCCCCCAUACCCCCGUUCCUGGACUAGUUUUAUUUUUAUGCUGACCAUCUCGGAACUCUCUCCACUUCUGCUCCUUGACCCCAUCCACUUUUCAAAAUGUCUGACUUUGAACUUGACUGACUAAUGUGGGACCUGACACCCGAAAUGUUCAUGGAUCUGCCAUCCACA